UGUAGGUACAGAAAACACAUUAUUAUGUAAGUUAUAUAUCAGUCAAGAGAGAAAAAAACUCCAAAACAAGGCGUUAAUCGACAAUUCGCGACAAGCCCAUGUAUUACAAGGUGUGAUGCUUGUAAAGGCGCCCCACCGCUGAGGUGGGAUUAGUUUUGUAAAGGUGGAUACUUGUAGGAAAGCAGUUGUGCCUCAGCCGGGUAGGGCGGGGCUUCAGGUUUCUGUAUUUCCCGCAGUGACAUGAGGGCAUGACCCCGACGGUGGGGAUCCACGGUGAUCAAUGAGGCACGGUCUCCCGUAGAUGCUGAAAUUGGUGGCAAGGGCUGUGCCCGUCAUGGACCCGGCUGUUUCCACUGUUCUCCGUCAGCCCUCUUGAGUUGAAAUCGUAGUUCCAGGCCGUCACGGCAGCUCACCUUCCAGGGCAGUUGGGGACGGUUAUUAAAUGCUGAGUGUGCCAACAAAACACAGAUCGCGAAAAAUGAACUUAAAGAAAUGAAACCGUUCCUGCUAAAUCUGUUCUCAACGUCCACCAUGCGGUGGCUCCCUCUGCGCCAGCUGUGGUCCACGCUCCUUGGGAAUUAAUGGGCAUUCACGCACCCUGCGCUGGGUCUCCUCCUCUUUAGAUGGCGCUUCUAUUGGGAGGUUGCAUUCCCGAGUUUACGACAAGCUCUUCCCGGCAAUCCUGUGGAGUUCUUUGGUCGAGGGAAGAGAGGAAAAAAAGUUUCCGAAAAAUCUGACGUCAGGGUGUAAUAGUAGUGCUACUUUAAGAUGUGGGAGUGAACACAACUCCCUUUAUCCAAUUCCAAGGGAUUGCCAGCUAAUGGAGGGCCUGUUGAGAGAGUAGAGCGCGAUCCCAGAGGGCUGUGGAAAGUUUUUCAAAGUUUACUCGGGCUCCAGAAACUUUUUGUUGUUGUUGUUUCCAAGUCAAAGAUUGUUUCCUACGGCCGGGGAAAGAACACCUCUAUCGGCUUGGAGGUCAGUUGGAUAAAUAUCGGAGAUCGGAAGUUUGCCCACCCGCUUUUUUUUGGAGAUUUUACCAGGGUUUCACUUCAGUAACUAACGGCUCUCCUCAGAGCCCCGCCAGCUGCCACAAUUGCGUCCAACGACUGGAACGGGAACGGGAGCCCCGGAGAUGGGAGGGAGGACGGGGCAGAGGCUUUGGAAAAAUCGUUGGAUAAUGACGCUGAGGGAGUAUGGAGUCCUGACAUUGAGCAGAGCUUCCAGGAGGCCCUGGCCAUCUAUCCACCGUGUGGUCGACGGAAGAUUAUCCUGUCUGACGAGGGCAAGAUGUACGGCCGCAAUGAAUUGAUAGCAAGAUAUAUCAAGCUUCGGACCGGCAAAACACGCACAAGGAAGCAGGUGUCUAGUCACAUACAGGUGUUAGCCAGGAAGAAAGUUCGAGAGUACCAAGCAAGCAUCAAGGUGUCUAGUCAUAUGCAGGUUCUUGCCCGAAGGAAAGCUCGUGAGAUUCAGUCCAAGCUAAAGGAUCAAGCUUCAAAAGAUAAGGCUCUGCAGAACAUGGCUGCCAUGUCUUCAGCGCAAAUCGUGUCAGCGACUGCGAUGCAGAACAAACUGGGGAUAACUCCAAUCCCUCAAGCUCCUUAUCCAGGGACAGCCAGGUUUUGGCCUGGCCCUCUUCCUGGACAGCCUGGGUCCUCUCAAGACAACACCCCAGAGCUGGCAGGGUGUGGAUGGAGGCGCAGAGACACAUGGAGCAGCACAUCCACUGAGGGCCACAGUGUGAAGCCCUUUGCUCAACCAUCGUAUUCAAUUCAGCCUCCAGUACCACCGCCUAUUACAAGUUAUGAACCCUUGGUCCCUCUCACACCUCCUGCCACAAUCCCAGUCUGGCAGGACCGAACCAUUGCCUCCUCCAAGCUCAGGCUGCUGGAAUACUCUGCCUUUGUGGAAGUGCAGAGAGAUCCAGACACGUAUAACAAGCACCUCUUCGUACAUAUUGGUCAAACAAACCCAUCCUACAGUGACCCGCUAUUGGAGGCUGUGGACAUCCGUCAGAUCUACGAUAAAUUCCCUGAGAAAAAGGGAGGCCUAAAGGAGUUGUUUGAGAAAGGACCACAGAACGCUUUCUUCUUAGUGAAGUUCUGGGCGGACCUGAACAGCAACAUCCAGGACGGACCUGGGGCCUUUUAUGGAGUCAGCAGCCAGUACACCAGCUCUGAGAACAUGACUAUAACUUGCUCCACGAAGGUCUGCUCCUUUGGAAAACAAGUGGUAGAGAAGGUGGAGACAGAGUAUGCCAGGCUAGAGAAUGGAAGGUUUGUGUAUCGGAUUCAUCGCUCCCCAAUGUGUGAAUACAUGAUCAACUUCAUCCACAAGCUCAAGCAUUUACCAGAAAAGUACAUGAUGAACAGUGUGCUAGAGAACUUCACCAUCUUGCAGGUUGUGACCAACCGGGACACCCAGGAGACCUUGCUGUGUAUAGCGUUUGUAUUUGAGGUGUCAACAAGUGAGCAUGGCGCACAGCAUCACGUUUACCGGCUGGUGAAGGACUAGGACUUCCACACCCAACUUCCCCUACACAGAGGGUGCUGCCACCUGCCAAUUAUCUACACAUCCUGGUGCCUGCUCGUUUUUACCAAAAGCAAAACAAAAAUCUAUUUUUCACAGAAACACGGAUAUUUUUACGUUAGAAGAAAUGUAAAAAGACAAAAAAAUGAACUGUUGUGAAGUCAAAGAACAUUAUUCUGCACUACUUCUGUGAGGGUCAUAUAUAUGUGUGUGUUUUUAAUUCCUCUCUCCAGAACUCAAGCUCAGUGAGAGGUAAUGGUACAGUUUUUCUUCCUUUUUAAAAAGAUAUUUACACUUCAGGGAUAGUAAGUAUUGGAUAAAGAUCACUUUCAGAAAGUGUGUGUUAAUGAGGGCUUGUAUGUAGGAAUGUUAUCUUCUAUGAUAGUUUUUUUUGGGGGGAGAGAAGUAAAAUGCCUAUGUUUUCUUUAUUUGUAAUCAUAAAACAACUGUUCAACCCAAAACCCAAACCAGGCAACUAAGAGUGUCCUCUUUGUAGCCUUUAUAUUCAUCAUCAACAUAUUCGAUGGAGGGUUGGUAUGAUCACAUCUUUGACCUCUCAGAAUGAUUUUUGUUUUGUGUGGGUUUGGGGAAAUAGAGGGGUUGAAGCUGUCUUUGCCUCCUCUCCCAUAUAGCCUUAUUAGCAGAUUUACUUGGUUGACAUGAUGGAUUUGACUGUGAAAGUAGGGGACUGACGUUACGGGCAAGGGGUUAAUCUCUUGUUUCAUUAAAACCUAAAUUAGCUUCGGGUAAAUGACAUGUUUAUUUACCCAAAAGUUUUGGUAGGGUUGAACAUAAGGUAUUGAGAGAGUUCUUGCUCUAGCUGGUUCUCCUUACACCCUGAGGGUACUAACUGAUGCUGGGAUGCAGCUCCACAGGUAUUGUUGCUAUCUGGUACCUCAUCCUGAGGGUUAUUUUCCACCGGUGAGCCUAUAAUGUGAAUAUUGGCAUGGUACUUUAUUGGUGAACAGGAUUGUCCCAAGCAGUUGGCUCAAAACUAAAAGGAAAUAUUUAUGAUGGUUUAAUCGCCUUGGUGUUUCAAUUUCUUCUUCGUUUGUUCAAAGGCAUCUAAAGGUCUGAGGAAAAUUAUUAAUCUUUCCUGGAGAAAUAAUGUCACUAUAGUCUGUAUCUAACAGGUACCAUACCAGGAUAGAGGAAUACAGCUUGUCUAAUCAGCUCUCCCCAAAGUGAUUUUACACAUUGUGCUUGCUGGAACAAAUGUUUUCAGAUUACUUAAUUGAAAUAAUGAGCCAAAUAAGAGAUCGUCACCACUUCCGAUGGGCAAGAAGGGUUAGAUCUGGAGAGGAACUGUAGUCCGAAAAGAGCAAGCAACUAAGGUUCUGAAUAAUUUGUAAUUAAAGAAAAAAAUCUACACAUUUUCACUUGAUACUUUCGAUUUCAUUUUUGGCCAAUCUUGCCAAAGGGAUACAUACAAUUUCCAUCAAAAAGCACUUCCAACUGAGAGAGUUUGCCUGAAGUAGCCAAAGAAAGAUUGAUGUUCUGAGCAGCUGUAUCAUGUCUUGUCCUUGGUCUUUGAAGUAAUACCAAGAGCAUGGGAACUUGCCUGUAUGCAUCCUGACAUUUUGUAUUCUCCUCUAGAUGAUUCAAAUAAUGAAAAUGUCUAGCCUUUACAACCUCAGAACAUUGGACAGCCAUUGAAGUACUUUUGAAUUGUAAUCACUGUUGUUGGAAAUUUGACUACCGAUUUGUACACAGCCAGCUCCCACAAACAGCUAUAUGAUCAGAUAACAUGUUCAAUGUGCAGGAAGGUAGGUGAUUGUGGCUGAAUGAGUACACUGAGGAAGCCUUAGAUUGACGGCGCAUGUGUUUUACUGGUGUUUGGGCUGAGCACUUUGGCCAUUUCUUGGAUAAAUCUAGCCUGAUACUGUUCAACUUUGUUUUUAAUCUUUUAGAAGCACUAAGUUAUUAUAGCAUACUUCUCGGAGUGAGCAGAGUGAGCUGAGGGUCUAUUCUGUCUAUCAUGAUAAUGUUUUGUUGUUGAAGGGUAACAGGUUAGAAUGUGUGUGUGCAUAUAUGGUAAGGAAGCCUGAAAAUUUCAGUACUUCAGUUCAGGAAUCUAGAAUGGAAAGGGUAAAAAGGCAGGUGGGAGCAGGUAUCUCAGGACACAGAAGUGGUAUUUUACAAUAAAGCUAUGCUAGUUCUACUUAUAUUCUUCACUUUGCUGUGAGGUUCCAGCAGCACCAUUGUGUCCCAACACUGAAUUCUGUUGAAUAGGAGGUGCUGGAUGAAUCUGAACCAGCUUUAUAGAUCCUUCUGUAAAUGGGAGAUGGUGCAUUGCACCUUUACAUAACCACUCCUACAUGGUUGAUUCGGCGGGGGGGUGGGGAGCAGUCCCUGGGGGAAAAACAUCGCAUUCUGGCAGGGGAAUUUAUAUUUUAGUUCAUAGUCAUUUAUUCAGUGGCUGGCUAAAUCUGACUUCCAGAUCCUGUCCAGAAAUGCCCCCUUUCCAGUACAUUUCACUACCAAUCCUGGAAUCAGUUGUCUGGAAAUUCCAGUGCACUCAUUGGGCUGCACUUGAGUAAUGCAGCAGUGAGGUUGUUAAUGAGCAUUUGGUUAGGGGCUAUCAGAUGAAUAUUUCCAUCUUCUCAAGGUCUUGGCACGGUGCAUCACACCAUAUCAUAGCUGAAAGCGUACUGCCUCUCCUCAUUUCCCAAGACUGCAGGCCUGUGCUGUGGACAGGGUGAGGAGGAAAUGUAGGCCAGCACUUACAGUGAGGGACUUAAGGAAAUUUGUGGUUGAUACUGAAGGUGAGGGAUUAGAAAGUACUGGGAGAGAUUGGGGAGGACUUGGAGUAGGGUAGGAUGGAGUGCUAUUAAACAGAAAGAACUAGGAAUUUCUAAGGGGGAUCAUGAAUGGAACGAGCAGUUUGUAUGAGGGACUGUCAGCAGAGAGACCAGCAGUGGAUGUUAGGGGGCUUGAGACUGGCAGCACAUCCUAGUGAGAAUUGUGGAAUUUGUGGAGGUUCUAAGACCAAGUGACUGGUCAGAGAUUUGGUAUUGUUAGGGGACAUUUUUCAUUGUGGAGAGCGGAGUGUUGGCCAGGAAUGUAGCUGCAUAAUUUACUUACCUUUAAAGCCUUCCUGUCAGGUGCCAUGCAAGUAAAACCACAUUGUCCUAGGGACAUCUUUGACAGACAUGCCAGAACAAUAAUGUCCAAAUACCUUGUAAAGCACUGAAAGGAGUGUUGCAUAAGGAAGGACAUCACCUCAUUGGCCGAGGCACAGAAGAUGUAUCAGGCUUGGGAGGGUGACCAGCACCAGGAACUGCUCAGACAAAUGUGAUGUGUGAAAUGACACAGACAUGGUCAUUACUAUUUCUGUCUUGGCUGGGAGUGGGAAUCAUUUCUCACUGACAAAAAGUUGAGCCAUGGUAGUCUAGUGGUUAACAAAAUGCUAUUACAGUUCGGGGCAUCAGAGUCCAAUUCCAACCUCAUCUGUGAGGAGUCUGUAUGUAAUGAAUGGGUUUUCUCUGGGUGCUCUGGUUUUUUCCCCACAGUCCAGACGUAGCAGUUCGUAUGUUAAUUGGUCAUGAUAAAGUUUCCCGUGAUGAGGCUAGGAUGAAAUCGGGGGGUCGCUGGGCGGCACAGCUCAAAGGGCCAAAAUGGCCUGUUCCGCGCUGUAUCUCAAUAAAUAAAUUUUUUUUUAAGUCUGAGUCAAUUGCAUUGCUAGCAAACCAUCUGUUUUCUUUUAUUAUCCCAUGCCUAAUCCAAGGGCAUGGAGCCCAAUUUAGAAAUUAUUUCUGCAAGAUUCAUAUUAAGUUAACUUGUCGUAGUCUGGGAACAAACUGGGAACUUUUUCUUAUUCUGAACAGUCAGGGACACACUUUACUUCUAAAACAACAGAGUGGAUGCCAAAAGGAUUUUACCCAACCUUUGGAGACUUUUUGAUAGCAUCUAUAAUGAGUUGAUUACAAAGUGUCUCUGGAAUGGCUCCCAUUGUGAUUGGACAAGUGACAUAUUCUUGCAUGUUUCUGAAAUUACUAUACAAUAGUAAAAUGGGAUUUUUGAAUUGCAUGCUCUUAUUACUAAUAUAUUUCCCAGCAUUUUCCUCCUAGUCAACAUUUACUGACUUCCACCAUGAGCAUUAUGAUUGCCACUAAUUGUUCUGUAAUUUGGCCAGUAUUUCUCCCCUUUCUUUCCCUUCCCUCAACUUGUUGGCAUUACUAUUACAAUCUCAUGGACAAGACUGUUACAGAAUUAAACUUAGCUUGGGUCAAAGAAAUUGUGCAAUCAGAAUAGAAGACAAAAAGUCAUAGAUUGUGGUGAAAGGACCUCUCAUUUCGUACAACGCAGAGUUAAACCCAUCAUUAAAACUACCCCUAAUAAUUCUGUCAUUUGGUAAGAUCUUUGGUGCUAUUGCCAUUUUCCUUUGACAUCCUAUCCUCUAGUCAGUGAAUCAUGGUUGUGUGUCCUUUUAAGUAUAAGGCAAUUGGCACCAAACCAAGUGAGGUAUAAGGAGAAGGGUAUGGGAGUCAUGUAGAGCUUUCUACUCUUCUUCAUGAAGGUAAUACUAAUAAUAAAUCUUGAGGGAUACUUUGGGUGAGUCACUGAUGUUUUAUACAAUGCCUGCAUGACUCUGUUGGUAUUGAUCUAUCCAAUAUGGAUUAGAUGCAUCUGGCCCAAACUUUAAUCUGUGCCAACCUCAGCAGUAACAAGUUUAGCUUCAUUUGAAACGUUGUGAGCUUUCUGUUCCUGAUAUGUAGUCCCAACUGGAGUUUGUACUGCAUGAAUGUUCAGAACAACCGGGACCAGAAUUGGCUAGGAGAGCCUAACAACAUUAAGUGUCUAGGAAUUAUUUGUAGAGAAAAUGGGCACUAGAUUGAGCUGAUGUGGGGUUGAAAUCUGCCUUCAGAAAGAGUAAAGGAGUUGGGAUGGUGCAUGGGAUACAAGAACUUUUCACUUUUGUAAGUAGUCAGUAUAACAGUUCCACUAUAUAGAUAAUCGAUCCUGCUGGUGUUAACACGUCCCAUCCCCCAAGCCCACUCCCGCAGAGCCACAAACAGUCCAUACAAGCUUCUGCCCACACACCUCCUGAACAAACAAAAGCCCCUCAGCACACAGACCCCCAGCAACAUCUGUGAACGACUACCUCUGGAAAAUGAAGUGUGAGCUGCUCAAAAGCACGAACAAAACAUCCCAGCUAGCAGAAGGGAGGAAACUACAAGCAAAGGAUUGGAUUGCUUUGUAAUUUAAUUUCUUUUACACCGGAAUUAACAUUUUCUUAUUUUAAAAGAUGUAACAAAUAGUGGGAGUGGAAGAAUUUUAGAAAAGUAGUGGGUUCUUUUCUAUAUAUAUAUUCUAUAUAUAUAUUAUAUAUAUGACAUAUAUGAGGCACUCAGAGAUGGUACUCAAGUAUUGUUGCAUUUGGGUAUCAAAAGAAACCUAAUUUGUUAGUGAUGUCACCUAGCACUUAACUCUGCUGUAAAUAUCUUGUACACAAUAUUUCUAUUGUGGUUAUCCUGCCACAUUCACAUUUACUCCAGUUUUUUUGUUAGCCUGGACAGACAGUAUUCUGUUCCUUCCUGUAAUAUAAUCUAGUUUUUGAAUUUUUCUAAAUAAAUAGGUACAUUCAUAUAUCAAAAUAAUUCAGACUCAUGAUUGAGAAGAUGGUUCAAAGCCACACAGCAGGGACAAAUGUCUUCUCUUAUUGGCAGCUGUGGAGAGUCUACUCUUGGUUUGAGUUUUUAGGGCCUUCUCUGGUUUUUGCUGAACACUAAGCUUCUUAUUUCCUUGAAUGCACCCACUGAGCAAGUUCUGGAUUCGGGAGGUAGGGUGGAAUGGAAUAAAGGUUUAAAGAACAGUUUUGUGGAGGUCACUUUCCAUCUUCCAAUGCAAGGAACUAGAAGGCCCAGGGCUAUCAAACAGGUCAGUCUCACAUCCGGAGUCUGACAGGAUAAAUGACUCAAUUAUAAUGUGAUAAAACCUAACAAGCUACGAAAAAGGCUUAGUUAUAACAGCCUCCCUUAUGUACCUUUCCCAGUGGCAGCUUAGCAUUUCCAUACAAUAUAUCUGUUAUUGGAGGCUUUACAUGUUUCAAGGCCAAGACAUGGAAAUAUCUCCAUUCCACCCACUCCCUGGCUGAGAAGUUAAUGUAAAACUAUUGCAUGCUGCUCAACACUCCCUCAAAAAAAAGGCCUAUAAUAUUUAAUAAUAUUAUGAAGAGUAAAGAUUGAGGUAAACAUACCACAGGCCACUGUAUGUUUUGAUAGCUAGGGGAUUGACAUUUUCACUGGAAAUAAUCUGCACAAGUCUUUAAGAUGGCAUUCAUGGUCUCUCCAUACAGUGGCCUGAGGUGUUCCCACCCUGCAAUCUUUCACAGGUUAAAUGUGAUUAGAAGUAUUCGCCCCUUGGUUUGCUGCCAAUGUUGUGUUUUUCUUUAAUACUUUUGUGUUUAAACUAGGAAGCCAUGUCAAUAGGAUUAUUUUUUGGGGUUUUUAAAUAUAUAUAUUUUUGAAGAAACUUUCUAAUACUACCUGUGAAGGCUGACAAAAGGGACACUUUGUUUUUAAAAAAAAAAUGUCCUUCUCGAUUAUUUUAUUGUAUAGGAACAUUACCUACUUAUUGGCCAAUAACGAUACUGUUGUUCUUCAUUAUUUCCUCUUACAAAACCAGGGUACAUAGCCAAAAUGUGAGAACCUUUUAACUCCUGGUGUAACACUCCAUAAUCCUUGAAGGGGCUUCAAGUUCAUAGAAGUCUAAACCAGACAAAGAAAGACAAACAGAAUAGCGUCAGUGUGGGCUUGGAAAAGGGGGCUUUUAACGGUGGGAUUUUGCAGUGGGUCACACUUGUUUGCAUAUUGAUUUCUCCAAUAAUCAUUUAUUUCAAAUUUUACCGAACCAAUAUUGUCCAUACUGCAAAUUAGCUAACUGCCUUGACUGCAUUAUAACAGGCCAGCCGCACAUCGCACAAAUUUUGAAAGAUAUUCUUUUGUACUUUUUAUUGAAUUGAAUUUGCAUACUUUUAGAAAUCUUUAUCUAAUACUCUUGGGGAAGUGCAAUCUCUGUUAAGAAAAGGCUCAUCUUUUAAUUGAACCUUAUCUCACCUACAACUUCCAUCUUACUCGCCACUCCAAAACUUUUCCCCCUAUUCCACUUCUUAUUUCUUCCAAACUCUAAAAUUCUUGUAGGAAGCAUUCCUCCUCUCCCUGCAUGCAUAUCUGGCUUGUCAAUUUGAACCAUAAACUACAGGCAUGGACUAAUUGCAGUCCUGAACACCCAUCCCCCUCCCUCCCCAACCAUAUGCCCACAUGGUGGCUCAAUCAUCUUUGCAGUUGGAUGUAUUAUCGGCUGGUCUGUGCUGCUUGAAAAUUGUGGAUGAAGGUUUGGAAAAUGUCAGAGACAAGUGCAAAUGAAAAUACCAAGCUAUAUUAAAAUCCUAAAUUGGAGAUAUAAGCAAACUAAUGCCCGCCUGGAAUUAACCUGCAUACCUGACUCCUGUUUAGCAUUCUGUGAUCCAAAAGUUUGGGCCAGGACUUUCAUCUCCUUUUCCGAGGACCUCAAACAAUGGAAUUCUUAAUCUCUCUCAGCAUUCCCUUCUUCCCAUUACUGACAACUUUUUAAAGUCUAAGCUUGGCUUCAUCGUUCCAUAAUUACACAACAUGGCUUCCACUCAUUUCAAUUGGAGUGCUCUGAAAGAUUAACUUUGUUCUUCACAAAAAGCCUUAGUAAUUGAGGUACAGAUUAUUUGCCAGGAGAGGGCAGCCCUGAUAUCUUUCCCAAUCGAUCCGAAUCCCAAUUGCAGAAGCAGGAGAGCUAACAGGAAUUAAGGUGUAAGCAACAUUGUGAGACCCACUGUUGUAAGAUACGGCCCAAAGGAGUUUAAAUACAGGCUUUAAGAACUAUUUGUAUUUGUCGUUAUGCCAAUUGUGAAGGACUUUAACAUGCAGGUACUUACAUUUAUGAGGGUCAUUGUUCUUUAUCGGCAAUCCUUAAACUGUAUAUUCUUAAUGGAGUACAGUACUUUUUGAUUUUAUUCCUCUAAACCAUACUUUGUCACAUGGUGAAAAGGUAAUUUGAAACAGUAAAGAUGUGUUAAUGUGUGAUGAUAUUGUUUAUGUAUAUUUUUCUGAAUUGUGAGGGGGUUUUAUUAUAUAUCCAAUGUAUAUGUCCAUCAACUUAAUCUGGGUGCCUUCAGAGCCCAGAUCCUUAAACAAAAUAACAGAACAAAGCAAUAAAUAUUUGUUGGUGGGUGUGUAUCUUUCUGCGUCAGUAGUGUGGCUUUUUUUUAAAAAAAGAAACUGUGUGG